AAUUUAGUGAUCAAAAUGUUGCCACAAAGCGUAACAGAUCGUUCCACAUCGCCCACCACAACUCAGGGAGUAAUAUUUGGAUCUCAACUAGUCCAAGCAAACUCCAGAACUCCAUACAGCGAUGCUACUCAGGUGAGCAAACGCGUCUGUGAUAUCUGCGUUGUGGAUGGUGGUUGAUGCGAUGGUGGUUGACGAUUCUUGUUGCUUUGUUCGAAUUUGUGGUUGAUAGACGAAGAAGCACAACCCAAACCAUGUGAAACGGCCCAUGAACGCAUUCAUGGUUUGGUCGCAGAUGGAACGGCGAGAGAUUGUGAAGUUCGCUCCAGAUAUGCACAACGCAGAGAUCUCCAAGCAGCUGGGAAAGAGGUGGAAGAACCUCACAGAAAAUCAGCGGCAGCCUUAUAUCCAAGAGGCGGAACGACUACGUCUGCUGCACAUGCAAGAAUAUCCCGACUACAAAUACCGGCCCCGUAAGAAAACAAAAUCCGGCAAUGCUGUGAAGACUAUUGAGAAAGGUCGUGUAUCCAAGGCUAAGGACAAGAACAGUACCAACAGUAACGCCCUUAAAGGAGUCAAAUUGACAGCUGAUCCCUCAAGGGCUCAUGUUACCACCGGGAUUUCAACAAUCAACCACAAUAAGCUCAAACUCAAGCUCAAAAUUGACAAGAAGUUCAAGGAGUCUAUUCGGAACACGAUGUACGUACCCAUUGCGCAAUGCACCUCACCAGCUGAGGUCCCGGCCACGCCCCACGAGAUGCCCGCCUCUCCAGAGAGCGCCUCCCUCUACGAUAACCACGUCACCACAACGUCUUCGAGCCGAAGUAGUAGUCGUGCUACUUCCACGAGCCCCUGUCCAGGCAAGGAACCAUUCCUCUACGGCCUUUACACUAUCGAGAGCGCUCCUGGUCUCACCUCCCUACGGCCAGAAGCUCUCGUAUCAUCCACUACCGUCACUUCCACUGAUGACGAUGACGAUGAUGAUAGUAAAGACGAGGAUGAGGACGAUGACGAGAAGGAACACCUGCUUUUAUAUAGUCGGAAACGACAUACUGUGCGAGACGAGGUGUUCGCACCACGUCCCUUUCUUCCUACCUCUCUCUCGGGGUCUAGGGCCGCCAACCCUCCUCCCAUCAAGAUGGAGCCGAUGGAUAUCAAGCAGGAACCACCGGCAGAGUCACCGCUGGCCGAUCUCGACUCUCUAACGGACUUGCUUCAGAUACCCUCCGACUUCAAGGUGGAAGUGGACGAAAUUAACUCCGACCUCGAUUUCGACGCGGUUUCCACGUCAUCAGGAUCUCAUUUCGAGUUCUCAGACGUCUCAGACAUGUUGAGUGAUAUUGGCGUUAGCAAUGACUGCUGGGCUGACAUCGGUAUCAUCAACUGCUGAACUGGGAGGGUCUGCUGGUGGCUGCUGACCGGGCUGUGCCCUCAGUAGCUACCAGUUGGGGCAGGACUCUAUACACACUACUGCAGAGGCCGGCGGUAACUGAGCAACCUCCAGGGGCGUCUGGCUCCUCAGUAGUUGUGACUCCCAAUCAUCCCAUCACCUCGGUGUUUUGCUGCAGUAAGAGUCAAUAUUUACUCUGAAAUUUGCGAAGACUUUGGUGUUGAGGGGAUGCAACUGGUGUGCUAGAGUAGUGAUGAUCGUCAUGGUUCGCUGUGUCAUUCUUUAUGUUAUACAUAUAUUACUCAUAGCAAUCAUGAUAUAUAUGAUGGAUUGACUUUUUCACUGUAUUAGAGUUCGUCAAAAACUUUAUAUAAAAGAAUGCCACAACAGUGUUUGUUGCAAGUGCCAGUUACACAGGUGGUUUAAGUAAUGAAGACAGACAACGUGUUCUUCACCUGUGCAACUCCAGAACACUCCCAGAGGACAUAAUGUUAAGUGCAUUUUCAUUUUUCUAUGAGUUGUUCUGUUAAGCUGUCAUCCCAUCGCCAUAGUGACUGCAGAUAUCAUCUCUCGUGUCACCGUUUUUUACCGUAACUGUUGAGCAUUUUAUAAAGCCAAAAGUGACUCGUGAACCUCCAGAGCUAAUUACCCACAGCCAUAUGACAAUAGAACACGAGGUGGUGCCAGUACCAUUGCCAUUAGUUGAGCUGCAGAUGCUGAAGGAGACAGUUUCCUGUGUGAAAAAAAAUGUGAAAAUUGUUUCCCAAAGAAAACUGUAAAAUACCUUUGUGCAUUUAGUGGUCUCCAAUGAUCAUCUUGUCAGUAACUUGUAUAUUUUACAUGAUUAUUUUUUUUCCACUGGUGUUAUUUUUUCAUAUUGUUCUCAAGUAGUGACAGUGGGAUUGUCGACCAACAAAAGUAUUUUAAAAUCCCUGUUAUAUUACUUGGGCAAGUCCAACUGUAAUAAGUAAUGGCGAAAAGACGCCAUAUUAGAGCCUUAGUGUAAUGCUCCUCGAGUCUUGUAAUUGUCCACAUUGAAUGAAAUAUGAAUUACCUCUGAAGAAUUAGGUCCACAACCCCCCCACCCCUGUCUCUAGUCUGUAUGUUCAGGUUAUUUAAAAAAAAUAAACGUAUGUUAAUUGAUCGACAACGUUUUCCACAACGCAUCGCAAUGGGCAUUUAGUCUGAAACGUUUGUACACAAUUCAUGCAGUACACAUCUCAAGGGCCUGGGCUAAAAAAAUAAAUAAAAAGAACUAUUGUUUACACUAGCAUGUAAGUCCAAACGACAGUGGAAACUUUAGGUGAUCCGUUUUAACUGCUUCAUGUUCUCUUCCGUUUUGACUCGAGAUCUUCUGGUAACAUGAGCUUGUGUUUUAUUGGUGUUAGGUCGUAUAACCAAGCCUGGGGUACUGUGACCAGAGACUGAUUACAAACCUCAAAAUCUUUGUAAGAGUUGGUCGAGAGCAAGACGGAUAACGACAAGCUGUUAAAGCGAGGUUCCUAUAGCACUGUCCUCGUCCCAGUGCUCUCCAAAACAGGUUCCACCCACUAAACCACCCGGUUUCAUAUAUAUAUAUUUAAACAUAUAUAUGAAUAUAUAUAGUAAUGGACUUUUGUACUAGUAUUAUUAAUGCAAAGAUCCGCGCUCUACAAGGUGCGAAGCAUGGAAGGAGACACUAAAACUGGGUCGUUCUCUGGUAUUGGUUGGCGAUAGUGAGCGCGUCGGCCCGGGUUAUUCCGUCAUUGGUCGGGUCGUUGGCCAAUCAGUGUUCGACGGGACCAAGUGCGGGUAGACGCCUUCCAUCGCCUCGGGCCUCGGGCGCUCGGGUCAUCAUAGACUGCCGAUCGUCGGAUACACACAUAAACAUUACACAUAUACCCUCUGUCUUUCCUAAGUAAGUAAAUGAAAAAAGAAAUCAGCAGGUACGGCGCAUUAUCAUUACCUACGUGAUGGGGAUUAGCAAAUACAACAAAAGAUGAUCACGCUUCCUUCAGGUGCAGUUUCAUACGUUGUCAAGUUGGAAACUGCACUGUAAAUGACCACUGACACGUUGCUGUGUGGUAAUCCCUGUCACGCCUCACACCAUUGUUUCAUUCAUGUCUCUUUAGUGUCCCAGGGCAAAAUUAUUAUUAAUAAUGUGUUAGUUAUGCUCUGAAAAUGGCUUGGUGUUUUCAUGUCAAAACCUGAACGGCUGUAUAAGUAAGAAUAAUUUAUAUACACGUGUGUAUAUAAAUAUAUAUUUUUAUAUAUUUAUAUACACCACUGAUGUGAUUUUCUCAUUGAAUCUUGAUAGUUUUGACCCCUGAUAGCCACUCAUGUGCUUUUGUAACUCUUUCUCCGUAACCACCUCAGUGCUCUACGGUAACACUUGAAGCAACUGUUACAUCAAUGGACAAGUUUCGCAUGAAGAAACGCUCCCACAUCCCCCCUCUCCCCCCACUAGUAAUAAUAGUUCGCUUGCUCCAUCCCUCUUCAUGUCUCACUUUGUAACUGUUCAUAAUUGUGUUUUAUAAGCCAUAAACUGGUGGUUGAUUUGGUGGAUGUAUUUACAGUUCGAAUAUAUAAGGUGUGAAAUAGGCGGGAAUGUUGUGUGUGGGUGUAUCAAUACUGUACUAUGAUAGUAUGUAUCAAGAUAGUACAGUAUGUAUCACUACUGUACUUGGUGAGAGGGUCACGCGUGUAUUCUUCAACACUGUUCUCUGACUCAGUCAUUGUUAAAUAUUUUGUACUAGAGGAACGUGUUUCUGAAUAUAUCGAGACCACUCAGUCGGUUUCUAGACACCCAUAUAAAAGGCUCUGGAUGCCGCUUUUGAAAGUUUAUAGGUAUCAGUACCACAGAAUCAUUCUUACAGCCAUUUAAGAUUUCUAGACCCCAGGGAGCCGGUCGGCCGAGCGGACAGCACGCUGGACUUGUGGUUCUGGGUUCGAUCCCAGGCACCGGCGAGAAACAAUGGGCAGAGUUUCUUUCACCCUAUGCCCCUGUUACCUAGCAGUAAAAUAGGUACCUGGGUGUUAGUCAGUUGUCACGGGCUGCUUCCUGGGGGUGGAGGCCUGGUCGAGGACCGGGUCGCGGGGACACUAAAGCCCCAAUAUUAUCUCUCAAGAUAACAGUCUCUAAAAAUCUUUCAUGGAAUUACAUAUUUGGUGGUUACUGAUACCGCUUAAGAGUUUCGUGAAUUAGAGCAAUAAGGAGUAUUUUGUAGAUGUCUUACAACAUAUUCCUUUGGCUGUAUAAUGUUAAUGAAUUAUUUGAGCAAUUAGAGCAGGGAAAUUUAAUUCCAUUGUAGCCACAUUGUAAUCUAAGGCUCAAGUUCGGUUUGGCACACUUUGGAACGGCAAUAUACAUGUUCGUAACCCGAGUGGACCUCGGCAUUAUUCAGCCCAUUUUAGCCCAUCAGAUGAAGUGGAUUUUCGAAAUGAUCGUUACGUUGAACCUGGAAAACUGCACAGUCUAUUAAUGCACCGGGUGAUGCCGAGUUGCAGUGACUUCAGUUUGUCCAUUCGAUUGGCAGUUAUGGACUCAACCAACUACACCUUCCUUCAGAACAGUCAAAUAGUAUCUCCUAGCUGUUAUUGGAAUCUCCUAGCAGGGUUUAGUAUCUGCAGAUACCAAAGGCUCCUAGCAGGCAUCACCCAUUCUCGAGCAGCGAUACUCCUUGGGUAAUCCAAAAGAGUCCAACAGAUACUGUGUUGAGGCCUGUUACUGGGUGCUCCUGACAGCUACUGUGGAGGCUUGUUGCCGAGUGCUCCUAACAGCUACUGUGGAGGCUUGUUGCUGAGUGCUCCAGUUCCUGUGUGGAGGCUAGUUGCAGGGAGCUCCUGUCAGUUACUGUUGGAGCUUGUUACCGAGGGCUUCUGACAGAAAGACUGGAAGAAUUUUGUUGGCAGGAACUUCCAGGAGUCACAGUGACCACCUGUUUCUUUGUAUGUGACCAGGGGCUUCUUGCAGUUACUGGGACUACGAGUCUCUCUAUAGGAGCUUCUAGCAAUUUAUGGAUCUUUCAUUGUUUAUUGCUGCAAGCUCUUAGCAUUUAUGGGAACUACUAUUAUGUCCUCAGGAACUGCUAGCAUCUGCUAGAAUUUAUUAUUGUCCGAUAACUAGCAGUUUACGGGAUAUCAAAUAUGAAUUUCGAUUGCAGCUCCCAACAAUUGAUAGAGCAUAUUGGCUAUGUUUGCACAAUCUUUAAAGCUCUUGAAGCUUCGAACAGUUGCCAGGGCUUCUGAAAACUGCAUUCGAGGCUUCGAACCGCUAGUGACAACUCUCCGCCUUCCCUUGCAAUUUAUGGGGGGGUUCAGUUGUCGAUGGAGCACAGUCUUAUGCAUAGUACCUUCUAGCGGUUCCUGGGGAUCUUUCUUUAAUGUUACAAGGAGCUCCUUCUAGCAGUUAGGAUCCGUAGCAAAACAGCGGGCAGUCGUUGCCCCGUCUUCCUGUCAAGAGUACAAUGAUAGUGACCAUCAGGACAGCUCGUGGAUCCCGGAGUGGCUACUCAUACGGCCAACCUCAGGAUUACCUUCUUUCAACUAUUUAUAAUUUCGAUAAUUUCAUUUUUAUAAAAAUAGAUUAGCCUGUUACUUUUUGUUUUGGUAAUUGAUCAUAUUAUUAUUUAUAAUAGUGAUCUUAUUGUUAUUUAUAAUAGUUCUGAGACUUUUUUUUUUUGAUGUAUAGAAAUUCUAUAAUUUGGAUAUUUUCUUUAAAAUGUCACUGGGGAAUCACCCGGUGUCUGCGAACUGGUCGACUGGUCACCCUAUCCCCCCCUCACUCCCCCUCCCUCUCCCCCACGUCAUUACUACACAGCUUCCUACAUCUCUUCCUGUUAAACCAUCCUUACUUCAGUCAUUCCAAAAGGGUUUUCUUUUUCAACAAUAAUAUCUCGUGUAGUCUAUUGACAUUGAUGUCUUACAAACACCAGUUUUCUAUUCAAAGGGAUUUUUUUUUAAUUGGGUAAGUUUUGAAUAAUGCAAUUAUUUCAGGCCAUUCUGUGAUUUAAAUAGUAAUUAGCGUGUUUAUUAAACAUGAUGAGACGGCCACAUGCCAUCACUGGCAAUAAGCAGUCAAUUCUUUAAUUUAAAAAGGGCUCGAA